GGUUUUAUUUUUUUAUAUUUUUAGAAUGGUCUGGUGGGAGUCCUGUGGCUACAGGUCCCUGUGUCUGCAGGCUGUGGACAGUGAGGAAGAGGAGGAAGAUGACAGCAGCAUGCGCUCCGCAGAUUCGACCGUCACAGAGAUCCGCUACGUUCUGGGAGAUGUUACUCAUCCGCACGCUGCUAAAGGAGAUGCUAUCAUCCUCCACCGUGCUGAUGACUCGGGCUGGUGGGGCAAAGGAGGCCUGUUCACAGCGCUGGAGGUGAGGUCAGAUGAACCCAGAAA